AUAUAGAUUCUUAAUUUGCAUCAUACAUUCAUCACGAUUGUUCUCACUGAGAAGAUGUUCUAGAAGAUCCUACACCACAAAACAAUAUCUUUCGUUUGGAAAAUGCUUAUCGCACUUUUUGCUUUUGCACUUGUGACAACAUAUGUUACAGCAGAAAUACCUUCCUACAUCCAUCCAUGUGGCUACAAAGAUCCUAAUUAUGAUCAAUGCACUAUAGACAAUAUUUACAGAUCGAUAGAUACGAUGUGCACAAAGAAUUACGAUGUAAUGUUUUUGAACAACCAAUCAAUACUCAUAGACAAAAUAGUUAUUUUUGAUACAAAUAAUCUUAAAUUAUCUCUCGAAGAUAUAAAAAUACUUGGGAUUUGUGAUAAUUUGAAUAUAAAAUAUGUGCACGUAGAUCCUGACAGACUCCAUUAUGAUGGUGAAAUUGUAAUUGGAAAAUUGAGAAUUAAUUCUUCGUAUGACUUCAACAUACGUGUACUGGUGCCUCUUGCUAAUAAGGGACUGGUUACCAUAAAACUAACAAAUGACACAUUAUUGAAAAUAAAUCUGGAUCUAAAAGUGGCCACUAAGAAUGAGAAAAAAGAGAUAUAUGCUUCGAAAGUAAAGACAAAUAUUAAUGUCGUAGGAAUGGAAUAUAUAUUUGAUGAAAGCGAAAAGGAAUUAGUUCAUCUGCAUCAAGCUAUCAAAAAUGUCGUAGACAAUAAUACUGAAGAUAUUAUUAAUAUUGUUGUAGCAGAAGUAGAAGAGAAAAUCUCUCAAAUAAUUAUCGACGCAUUUAAUACUAUUAGCCGUUCCAAUUAUGAGAAACUAUUUGGCAAGAAUGCAUAAAUUGUCUGGUACUUUAGGAUUCGUUAUUGUAAGAUUUCUUAUAUAUUAAAAUUGUACUAAAAAAAUAGCUGAAAUACUUGGAAAUUUUGUUACAAUACUUUGAAAAUCGAUGACGUGAAAUUUAGUUAACCAAGUGAUGAUAACAUUAUUAUUAUUCAUAUAGAUUGUAACUGCAACAGAGUAAUAUUUAAAUUAAAUUUUUGUCAUCUCUGGAUGGAAUAAUAGAGACUAAUUUUAUCUAAUUUUCUUUUUUUACUGCAUUAGUCUAUAUUUGUACGUGUUAAUGCUGCUGAAGUAUCGAUAGGCUUAAUAAUUUCAGAUUUGAUGAUUCUCAUUAAUUAUUAUUUGUGGCAUAUUGCACUGCGUUGUGUUGUGUUCUUGCGUGAGAUUCACACGGCUACUUUUAUCCAGCUAUAUAGUGGGCAAUUCUUCUCAAUUUAUUGCCUUGAAUUGAGAAGAAUUGUUUAUCUUAUCUGUGGAUCAGUAAGACACAAUAGAAAUAAUGGAUAGAAUAUUGGAUGUACUGCGAUGUCUUUUGUUCUUAGUAAUUCAUUAAAAUUUGCUCUCUGAAAAUGA